AUGUCAUCUGAAAAUGAAGCCGGAACUCAACAAAUUACCAUGGACAAAACAUCAGGAAGUGUUUAUGCUGUUGUUGGCGAUGAUUUCGUGGCAAAUGUCUUCGAUAUUGAGGGUGAACAAUUCUUGGAUGGUGGAGUCGACGCGCAAAGCUUGUCGUUUUUGAAACAUUUCAAAAAUUCGAAAUGGAUUUUUCAUCAGUGCACCAACUGCGUUGAAUUUGACAAGUGCUGUUGAAUUGAACAAUGUUCCGAUGAUAACAAAUCUCAGGAGCGGACAAUUGAAAACAUUGGCACCGGGUGCAAAUAUACACGGAGUUCGCACACCAUUGUUCAACGCAAAAUACGAGCCAUAUGUGAAUCUAUAAGGUAAGUAGUUCGAAAAUUCUGUCUAAUAAUUUUGUAUUCUUUAUAGACACUGCUCAAAGGCGAGUUAUCUUUGUAUAUUCUUGCUGGUGAUGAAAGAGAUGCUGAGAAACUGGGACGAGCUGCAGGAAACGAAGAAGAACUAAAAAGAGUUUCUGCUGAACAUGGAAGUGUUGCUAUUUUGGUUUGGAAACCUAUCGCAAAUUCAAAACCAAUCCUUCGCUCACUUCUGUCUGGAACAUGCUCUUUUGAUCGAAUUCAAAAAGCAUUGGAUCGCGCAGCCAAAUUCUUGCCAUUCCUCAAUGGGCCACUUGUGAAAACUGGGGAAAGACCAUUAUCGGCGCCAUCAAGUAUUCCAUCUCGACCGAGUUCGAAGCAACUUUCUCGACCAGCAACUCGUCCACCAAAUGGCGCUUCUCCUUCUUCAACAAGACCAGCACCACCAAGAGCAGCACCACCAAGAGCAGCAAGACCUGUUCAAGCAGUUGAACCGACGAGAGGCUCGUCGAGAGCUGCUGCUGUUGUUGUUCAACGUGCAAGAGCAAUAGUUGCACCAACAAGACAUGCAGCUCCUACAAGACAUGCUGUAGUUCCAACGAGACCACCAGUGGUUCCGACAAGACCUAUCCGACCAACUGUGACCAGAAUCGAACCAAGAACUCGUCCAGCUACAACAAAUGCUCGCCCAUCGACUAGAGUCGUAACUAGACCUUUGAAUAAUGCGGCCAGGUUUGUUGUAUUCAAUGUUGUCUUGAAAUUCUGUAUUUUUUUAGCAGAAGACCAGCAACUUCGACUGCUGCAGCUACACGAGAACGACCUGCGGCUACUAUCACGGCUGUAGUUCCAACCGUUGUUGCUCCGCCAGUUGUUGUCACUUCCACAGCCGACAAUUCGGUAAUAAUUGUUGAUGAAAUCAGAAAUAAUUUGGAAAUUGUUGUGAUUCCACCGACUCCAGAACCAGCAGCAAUUGCUCAUGAAGAAGAACCACAAACUGAUGAAGAGCCACAACAUGAGCAACCACGACGACAACAAGAAUCACCAGUUCAGGAGGAGCAACAAGUUCAAGAUGAACUUCAACAAAGAGAUCAAGAUAUGGAGAACGUGUCAACUUCGGAAAAUGAAUCAUCAUUCACCGCGUCGGAGACAAAAAAUCAAUCAUUGAUUGAUAUCGGAGAAGUUCAAGGAAGUGCAUGUUCAGAACCAGCUCCUAAAGUUACUGUUGAAUGUUUGGCAUCAGACGAUUCGACUUUUGCAUCGGAAACUAGUAAUGCUCAAGAUCAAAACAUCUCCAAUAAUUCGGCGGUUAUUUUGGAUUUUGCUGAACCAUCGGCGCUAGUGGUUCCACCAAAAGAAGAUCGAGUUGUUCCGCAACUUGGAGAUACUACCGAUUUGGCUAAUAAUCUUGGUGAUAUUCCAUCGGUGAGUUUAAUUAAUUAUAUAAGUUUAUUUUUCAAAAUGUGAUAUUUUCAGGAUUCUAUAUUGCCAUUCAUCAAUGCAAUUUCUGGAAUGAUUGCUGCUGGUAAGCUAAAUUUUGGGUUGAUUUUAACUUUCUUCAAAAAUAAAAAAAAUUGUUUAAAAUAUUUUGCUUUUAAAAUUCCCACGUCACCAGAAUUAGGCGGGGAAAUUCUAAUGAAAAUUCUGAAAACCAUUGCAAGCAGUCUUAUCCGAAAUAAACUUUUCAGAGACCAAUUCAAUCCCAGUUCAAUCAAAUGGUACUUCGGUCAGCGAAAAUCCGAUAGUUCAAAAUGGAAAUCACAAAACAUCGAAACAUGAAUUGAUGCAAGAAAGAUCAACAAUUCAUUCGGUUGGCAACAAAAGCGAACCAGAAUAUGAAAAAUCGGAUUCAAUGAUUGAUGGAAUUUUGGAUGCAUGUGCCACCGAAUCGGAUGAAAUCGAUCAGCAACGACAACAACAACCAAUCAAUCUUAUUGAGCCGGAGCCAUUGGAAAUGGUUAAAGAAGAAGCGGUCAUUUAUAAAGGACCAAAAGUUGCGAGACCGUAUUAUUUCGAUUUCGUCAGUUUGCCAAGAAAUGAUAAAUUGGAAACAACAAUUGGAAAAUUGGAAAUGCGAGAAUUUGUGGAGAAAAUUCGAGCGAGACAUUAUAUUCUUGCUAGCAAGAAUAUUGAUGAAAAUGUUCUCAAUUCAAUUCACUAUGCAUUCUCGAUUUGGGAUAAUUCCAGUGAGUUUCAAUUUUGUUUUGACUUUAUUUGGACUCGUAGUCGAUGUCCAAAUUUAUGCUUAACUAUACGUUUUACUUGAUUUUCUUCAGAUUUGAAAUGUUCAAUCCAUCCAACCCACCACAAUUCCGCCAUUGCUCAAUUCAAAGCAAAACAUGAUGACGAAUCGGCAAAUUUCCAAGUUAGUUUGCCAAUUGACAAUUCGAUUCUUCGCGAUGAAACCGGUGAAGAGUACAAGGUUGCUCGGAUCGCUCUGUACGACGAAUCCGGUUAA